AUGAUCUACAGACACAGUAAGUUUCAGUAUAUCAAGACUUAUUAUUGGAAUCCUUCUCCUAUGGGAUACACUAUGUUCUGUUGUGAUGGUUCAUCCUUGGGUAACCUUGGAGCAGCUGGUUUUGGUGUUGUGGUGAGAGAUCAUGUAUGUCAAGUGCUUGAAGUCUUAUCUGGGGGCAUUGGCACUGGCACUAACUACAUUGCAGAAGUGUAUGCAGUAGUGUGUGCAGCAGAAUUAGCAGUGGAAUGGGGACUGAAAAACAUUGUUUUAUGUUCUGAUUCAAAAUCAGUAAUUGGGAAUUUUUCUCAGGGGAAUGUUCCUUGGUUUCUUCACAUGAGAUGGAUAAAAGCAACCAGUAAAAUAUCAUCUAUCAUAUAUCUGCACAGCUUCAGGGAAGCAAAUUUUUCUGCAGAUUCUGAGCUAAAAGAGGUGCUAACUUAG